AGCCUGUGUCGAACUCAGAAUAACACGAGCUAUCUUUUCACUUACGAACUUGGAUUAUAACUAUGACUCUGGAAGAGAUCCGCGGACAAGAGAACACAAUGGAAAGCGCAGAUAGGGUGCAAAGUGCAGGCGCAGCACUGGAAGAGCUGCUGGUCGCUGCAAAGAAGCAGGACUACCUGACUGUUGGAGUUUACGAGUCUGCUAAAAUCAUGAAUGUUGAUCCAGACAGCGUGGCAUUCUGCGUCCUUGCCACCGAUGAGGAGUACGAGUGUGACAUUGCUUUGCAGAUCCACUUCACCCUCAUCCAGGCUUUCUGCUUUGACAACGACAUCAACGUUGUGCGCGUGAAUGACAUCGAGCGCCUGGCUGACCUCGUGAGCACAGACGAAACCGGGGAGCCCAAGGACGCGCACUGCAUUCUUGUCACGAGCCCCAGUGCAAACCCAUGGAAGGACCCUGCUCUGGACAAGCUGAGUCUGUUCUGUGAGGAGAGUCGCAGUGUCUACGACUGGGUGCCCACCAUCACUCUCCCAGAGCGCUGAAGUGACUUUCCACUAACAAUGCUUCACAUGAUGAUGAAGAUUAUGAAAAGAAAGUGAAGGAGCUGAGCCUCAAUUGGGGGUCUCAAGCCUUUCUGCCUCACAUGUCUGGAUUAAGAGGCUGUGGCUGUAACCCCUCUGCAAGAGCACAACCUUCCAGUGCAUCCUGGGUUGGCAUGUUGGCUCUGGAUGACCCUGAGGAAGGGCUCAAGUUCAGGGGUCAAGUGUGGACUGGCUAAGGUGAAUGUGGAGUGGACAGACAGUUUGAUGACACUGAGGAGGAUAUGGAAUGUACCUUGUAGUGCAUGACUAUAUGACCCAGUUGCUGCCCUAGAUAAAAGGGAGUGGGGAACUGAGCGGUGGAGGUCACAAAGACUUUGCAAGAAGUGGACUUGUGAAAGUGCAGAUGCUGGACUGAAACUGGACUGAAGGGGAACAGGAAAGAUUCUGGUUCUGGUUCUGAAGAAGGCGUCUGAAAAUGUUUAAGUGGACUAUACUUUUAUUUUUCCAGCACAGCUAUAAGGAAGUUCUUGGAAUAAGCAGACUUGCCUGCGAAUCCUGAUUUAAGCUGUGUCUGAACCUGUGACACAUUUUCAUGGACUAUUAUUCUUACUUAAAUAUGCAGACAAAUAUGCAAUAUUGUUCAAAUUGUACUCUUUUUCAUGUUUUGUGAAUAAACAUUUGUAAUGAAA